CGCUAAACCCCGGAGAGCGGAGCGCGCACGUUGAGAUUCCUCGGCGGGCCUGGCCGCGGCUGCUGGGCAUGCUCAGUGGGCAGGACCCGUUAGAGUGGCGAGCGGCACAGGCACCAAGAUGUCCAACCGAGUGGUCUGCCGGGAAGCCAGUCACGCCGGGAGCUGGUACACAGCCUCAGGACCGCAGCUGAAUGCACAGCUAGAAGGUUGGCUCUCACAAGUACAGUCUACAAAAAGACCUGCUAGAGCCAUUAUUGCACCCCACGCAGGAUAUACAUACUGUGGGUCUUGUGCUGCUCAUGCUUACAAACAAGUGGACCCAUCUAUUACCCGGAGAAUUUUCAUCCUUGGGCCUUCUCAUCAUGUGCCCCUCUCUCGAUGUGCACUUUCCAGUGUGGAUAUAUAUAGGACACCUCUGUAUGACCUUCGUAUUGACCAAAAGAUUUACGGAGAACUAUGGAAGACAGGAAUGUUUGAACGCAUGUCUCUGCAGACAGAUGAAGAUGAACACAGUAUUGAAAUGCAUUUGCCUUAUACAGCUAAAGCCAUGGAAAGCCAUAAGGAUGAGUUUACCAUUAUUCCUGUACUGGUUGGAGCUCUGAGUGAGUCAAAAGAACAGGAAUUCGGAAAACUCUUCAGUAAAUAUCUAGCGGAUCCUAGUAAUCUCUUUGUGGUUUCUUCUGAUUUCUGCCAUUGGGGUCAAAGGUUCCGUUACAGUUACUAUGAUGAAUCCCAGGGGGAGAUUUAUAGAUCCAUUGAACAUCUAGAUAAAAUGGGUAUGAGUAUUAUAGAACAACUAGACCCUGUAUCUUUUAGCAAUUACUUGAAGAAAUACCAUAAUACUAUAUGUGGAAGACAUCCCAUUGGGGUGUUAUUAAAUGCUAUCACAGAGCUCCAGAAGAAUGGAAUGAAUAUGAGCUUUUCCUUUUUGAAUUAUGCCCAGUCAAGCCAGUGUAGAAACUGGCAAGACAGCUCAGUGAGUUAUGCAGCGGGAGCACUCACGGUCCACUGAAGCUCUGAAUCCUCAGGGAUGCCACCUGCACAUACUCAUUCUCUGUCCGGGGUCCCCGCCUAGCCCUUACCAAGAUACUGGUCCUGGUUUGGGGGGAUUCUGAAACCUCAAACUAAUAGAACUUUCUUCUCUUCUUUUCUAGUAGGUGUAGUCCUUCCUUAAUUUCAACUCAUUAAAAAAUGCUUUAUAGUUUAGGGCAGUGGAAGGAAGGCUGGCAUCAAAAUAUUUUGAUCAAAAAGGAUGGCAAUGUAAAGGCCCAGUUGUGGCAGACAGUUUGUUGAAAGUAACUUGUAAAGCAUUUACCAUAUCCUAAAUUUGCACUCUUUGCAGACUUGUGCACAUAUAUUCCGCUUUCAGAAUAGUUUUGCAAAUUGUACACAAACAAACAAAAAAAGGGUGGAAGCUUUUUAAUAAAGAAAUUGCAUUUAUAAAUGAUCUGUAUUAGAAUAUAAUAAAUCUCCAAUUAUAGUCAAUUACUACCCGUGUUGUACAACAGAUACCUUCUAUUUUAGUUGCUAAUAAAGGGCUACACAACUCAAAAUAGUCUGAUUUAAACUUAUUGCUCUGUGGUACCUACGAAAAUUGUUUUUUUUAUUAAUUCCAUCUCAGAAUUUUUAUGUUAAAAGUGGUAAACUUCAGCUCAUGUAAAAACUAUGUUAGGAUGUAUUUUAUAUUUUACAUAUUUAUGUGAUUUUUUUAUCACAGACAUUAGAAUCGUAUUUUGAAGUUAGCUUUUAAAAUUACAUACAGUUUGGCUUUUUGUGUGUGACAUCACUUUGUGUCAUUACUAUAUUAUAUAUAGAAUAUAAAUUCAAGAUUGGUAAAAGAACAGAUAUAGUCCUUUCCUUCAAAGAUCGUGUUUGAUAGGCAGUAGUCUGCAAAUGAGGAAAUAUUGAAGAGUGUUCUUAGUGAUUUUCAAAUCAUUGCAGACUGUAUACUACUGCUGUGCUUUUUUAAUGCUUUAAACAAUUUGACUCUCUUACUUAAAUUUUUAGCAAGAAAUCAUUAACAGUAACAAAAACAAAACAAAACAAAAAACCACUGGAUUUUCUUAUAGUUCUACAAAUUUUUUGUCAUGAUUUUUGGUGCGGCUCUUCCAACUAAAAUAAUGGUAUGGUGUUGUAUUUCUUUUUUUAGCAUAGACCAUUUCUAGUCACUUUGGGGGGAAAAUAUAUAUAUAAUCUGAUUAGGUAAUUAUUGGCCACCAUGCAUGUAGUAGAUUAUAUCUAUUUCAACCUAACAUUGGGUAUCUACAUUACAUUGGAGAGCAUUUGUAUCUUCAGUGUGAUGCCGGAAUAGCACAAUUUUUAGACGCCUUGCACCAAUUUUAUUUAAAGAUUUGCAUUUCUUGUUUACUAAAUAUCAACUUUCUAUACUCAAGAAUUGAGAAAAAAUAAAAAAUAAUGUUAUCUUUUGGAUUCAAAAUUAUCCACCUAUACAUGUGUGGAAAUUAUACUCUUACAUAUUAAUGAUUUAUUUCCCAUCACUUAGGUAUACUUUUGAGUACUAUAAAUAUUUAUUCCUUAUUUAUUAUAUAGACUAUAAAAAUUUCAAAAUUGACUAGAGUGAAUUUUUAUUAUUUUCUGAGUAUAAAACUGAUACAUGAUUAUUAUAAAAAAUUUAGAAAGUACUGAAAAGGAUAAAGAAGAGAAAAAAAUCUGCAAUUUCACUAUCCAGAGAUAACACUGUUAAUAUUUUUUGUAUUUCCUCUCAGUCUUUGUCUAUGCUAUUUAUAUGUAUGAGUGUGUAUAUGUGUUUGUGUGUGUGCAUAAUAACAAAUUGAGAUUAUACUGACCAUAUAGUUGUAUACCCUACUUUUUAUAACUUCCUAAGUACUUCCCCAUGUCUUUGAAAAUGUGAUUUAAAAAAAAAUGGCUGCCUAAUAUUUUAUUGUAUGAAUACAUACACCAUGACUGAACCAGUUCUUUCUUUGGAUAUUAGAUUGUUUCUAAUAUUUCACAAUUAUAAAUAAUAGUGGGAUGGAUUUCAUAAAACUGUAAAAUUUGAAAUCUAUAAUAGAUUAGUUCUUUAGGUUAUAUUCCUGGGAAUGGGAUAAUUGGUUUCAAUAGUGAGAACUUUUUAGGCACUUUAAAAUAUGGCCAAAUUACCCUUCAGAAAAUUUGUACCAAAUUGGCAAUACGUGAGUAUCCAUCAUACUGCCCCUUCUCCACUAUUGAUUAUUAUUUUUUUUAAUUUUGAGCAUUUGUUAAGGAUAUAAUUGGUUGUUCUUUUUCAUCAUUCUGAUAAUUGGCUUUACCAUCAAUCAGUUUUUUUCCUUCUGUGAUUUUGUAGUUGGUUGAUUAGUAAAAAACACAAGAGGUUUGCUUAGGCUGAGUGGGCUCUAUGCCCCUGUGAAUAUGUUUACUGUACAUUUAAAACUCUAGACUAUUUCAACAUCAGUCCACCCUUUUCUAGAAUAUGAGCAUGUCUUUUAUACUCAAUCUUGAAGUAGAAAGAGUUCCAAAGUGAGAGUUGAGUACUGAGUUCUAGUUCUAUCUGUGCCAAUAAUUAGUUCUCUUGCAUAAAUACUUCAUGUUUUAUUGAGACAUUGUCAUCUAUAAAAUGUGGGGUGAUCUUUUAAGCACAUUCUGUAAUGUUAAAAAGCUACAUGAUGAAAUUAGAUUAGAUGUUUUAUCUUGAUUUCAACUCUACAAACAUAAAAAUGAAAGUCUUUUUUUAACACAAAAGGGAAAUUAAUUUGCAUUAUUUAAUGCAGUUAAUAUUACCUAAAUUGUUAAACUUAAGCUUUUCUACUUUCAGUGCCUUAAAAGUGUUUUGUAUUUGAAAUCUAAAAUGUAAAGGAGAUUAUUCUGUGGUUCUGUACAGUUUCUUCUUUAUUACAUGCAUUCGAGUUACUUGCAGCAACUUUUUUUUUAACCGUAGAUUGCACAGAGCAUUAUGUUCAUGGAUUCUUCACUAUUCUACUAGUGAGUCCUUGACACAUGUAUGUUAAAGAUUAGCUCAGUGAGCAGGUAAGUGAAUGCUUUGUCUUGGGUGGGCAACAAAUCCUUCAUACAGAGUAGGAUAAAGGACUAUUCAGAUAUUCCAAUAUUCAUAUUUAGAUAUUCCAGUAUGGGUGGUCGGUCCUGAGUUAGUCCCUGAUUAUUGUUGCAGGUCACAAAGUUUUCUUUAGUAGUCAGUAGUUCAUUGCCCUAGAUAAGAGGUUGGCCAAUGUUUUGUGUGAAAGACCAGAUACUAAGUAUUUUGGGUUUUCUAGGCCGUAUGGUCUCUGUUUCAACUAUUCAUCUUUGCCAUUGUAAUACAGAAGCAGCCACAGGCAAUGGGUACACAAGUGGGUGUGGCUGUUGUUUGACUGAAACGUCAAACUCUGUUUACACAAAAAGAUAGCCCGAUAUGGUCCAUGGACCAUGGACCCUGUCCUAGAUGGUGGUAUAGUUUACUUAUAGUUCAAAUUAUUGUCUAGCAAUUUAAACUGCAACAAAUGAUUGUAAGUGUCUACUUUUUUAACCCCUCUUAAUUUGAUGUAGUCUACUUGACUGGGUUUGAAUGUUUUUUGAAAUUAUAAAGGGAAAUGGGAAGUGUGUAAAGAAAAAUAGGAAGUCUUAGGAACUAGUGUUUAAAGCACUUUGAAGCCCUUUUAUUUGCUGAAUCCCACUGGGAGGUUUGCUUUGCUGCUAUAAAUUAAUUAAAGGAAUGAUGAGAUUGUGAUUAGUUGUUGCAAAUUAUAGAAAUUAUUCUAAGCACUUGGCUACCUACACAGUACUAGAGGAUGGAUGCGAUUAACCUUUGUCCUUGAGUAUUCUAGGACAUAAACCAGUGAUUUAAGAGAAUCUGUGAAAUGAGAGACUCUCUUUUGCCAUGUGAAGACUUUGGAAAAAUAACUACCAUCUUCCAUCACUGUCCCUUAAUAUUUAGCCCUGUAGCCCCAAACCCCAAUAUUUAGGAAGGACAUAAACUGAGAAUAAAAGAGUUAUUUAGCUUAAACAACUUUAAGUUGAUGGAAAAGUUACUACACUCUUCUGUUCUCAUUUACUCGGGAUCAGUUGGGAAGUACUAUGGUAUGGUUGCUGAAAGAUAUAAUGUGGUUAGGGAACUAGUACUGAUUGGCAGGCGUGCAUUCUGACAUUCAGGCUAAAGCUUUAAUGUUAUUGUGUUAAAUUCUAAGGGCCACCUAUUAAGAGGGAUGAUGAACUAUAGUGUUCAUAGGGAGGCAUCUGGAAUGAUGAAAGGCCUGAAUGCUAGGAGAGUGGGAUGCAAUCAAAGAAAUUGGCAAUAUUCAUUUUGGAGAAGAUACAUCUAAAGAGAGGGAGUGUUUUAUUUUGUUUUCAAAUAUUUGGGUGACUACCAUGUGUAGGAGGAAUAGAAUUGUUCUGUGUUGUUCUAGAUGGAAAAAUUAAGAAAUGGAAGUUUCCGGUUCUAUAUUUGAUGUUCUAUAUGAGAAUUUCCAAAUGCAGAUAAGCUGUGUCCUCAAAAAACAUUGGAAGUCCUCAAAAGCUAGAUCAGUGGUUUUCAGAGUAGUAUCCUGUGCUGUCAGCAUCAGCAUCACCUGGGUAUAUUAUUGGUGUUAUCUAAAAUUAUGGAACACCAAGCUGGAAAAAAGCUAAUGGAAUUAGUACAAAUAAAAUGGAAUUUAUUUCAUGUGUAUAAAACUAUUAAGGCCAAUAAUUUUUAAAUAAAAAUCAGUUUGAUCAUUUAACUCUAACUUUCAACAUAGAUGAUAAAUUGAUGAUUGUUACCUAUUAGUGGUGGAACAGUGGACCUUUAGAAUAAAAAUAUACUUUUGUUUUAGUUAAAACAUUUAAAUACAAGCUAGAAGUUUCUAUUUACUAAAAUGAAUUUAAGUUGGUCUUCAAAUCAGUGACUUUACUUUUUUAAACAGGUGCUUCUUGAACAUUCAAACAGAGCCAUAUCUGUAGCAGAAAAGUAUAUUAAAGGAGCUUGCUAUUUUUUACCUGUUAAUGUCAGAAUAUUAGGAAGGCAACCAAGAGGAGCUGGCAGAUACAUUCUGCCUUUUAUCUCUUACCCUGUAAAUACAACUGAGUGGAGUGUCACACUGUGAUCACUGACUGUGCUCUACAUUUGGUAAUACUGGUAACUGAGACUUUUGCCUUUUCAAAGUCACUGUUGUGGUUGGAAUUUGUUUGCCUGUCUGAGUUUAUUGAUACAUGCUGCUCCUUGGGGUACUAUGUGAAUAAUUUUAGAGUUUUAGAUUUGUCAUUUAUUUAAAGAUUCUCUGGGAAUUUCAGAGUGGCUUGUGCCCAAGAUGUAUCACAUUAAUUAUAUAUGUGUGUGUGUUUAAUUCUAAUAUAAGGUUUUGGCCUUCAUACUAUAAAAUAAUAGAAAAAAACCUUAAAAGCCAGUUCUUCUGAUUUUGAAAGCCAUGAUAUAAUAUAAUUGGCUUUUCAUAAUAAAUUGUAUGUUAUGUUCAAAUGUAUAUUUCAUGCUGUAUAGUGAGGUUGUAACUUUACUACUUGUAGUCCUGUUUCUUUCCUGUCAUCCUAAUAAUGAAACCAAAGAGCAUAUAAAUACCAUUAUUAAGCUAUUGAAGGCCAAAUGUACUUGGCUAUGAGCAAGACCUGAGUUCUGGUCGUUACAUCUGCCAGUGCAGCUUUUGGAAAAUAUUUUAAUUUUUCUGAUCAUAAUAUUCUCUGAAUGUGAUGUUAUCUACAUUUAAGUAAAAUGUACUAAAAUAUGAUGAAAACUAAAAAACCUAGAAUAAUAUAUGAAUGACAUGAAUGACAGAGUUUGGUGAGUUUUUAAAUUAAAUGCUUAGACUAUUGAACUAGACUUUAAUAAAAGAAUUUUUAGCUUAACAAUUUUAUAAAUGGAAAUUUUUUUCUAAGAAGUUUUCUUUCCAUUUAAAGUUUAUCCAUUCAUAUCUAACAUAGUAGACGUUCAGCUGUAUUUGUUCAAUUUUGAUGAAUUUUAAAGCAAGGAGACCAAAAGGCAAUCUUCAUAUGGAGUGUUUUCUUAAAGACAGGAAAGCAUAAACCUUUUAAUUGGGAACACUUUUAAUUGGCUUUUUCCAUUUUCAGUUUUCAAUUGUGGAAACCAGCUUCCUUACUAAUUUUAAAAGUUGGUAGAAUUUAAUAUUCCUAGGCUCUUUGUAGGGCCAAAUGAAAUGAAUGGUAGUGUAAGUGAUCCAUCCCAUGGUUCUCAGCUCAUAUUUUGCAGGAUCUUUUGAUGUUUACUGGCAUUUAAAAAUGGUAUAAAGUUUUAAAAACAAUUAAAAUCAGUUUUAGCUGAUUCUUGCCCUAGUGACAUGUUCAGCUAACUCUCAAGUAGAAAGAUACUGUGAACUCUUUUUCAUUGGAAUUUAUUUUCAGAUUUGCUGAUAAGUUGCCAUUGAUUUCCUGGAACAAGUCACUCUUCUUUCCUAGAGCAGAAUUUAUUCCCUUAUUAACAUGAGUUAGAAUUGAAUAUUAGAACUCCUUUCCACCUUUGACUUUUUUUGUGAAAAUAAUAAGAUACCUUAUUUAAUGUAUGGUACUUUUAAAAGUUUUUUUAAAGUUUCACAACUUUUUUCUUUCCUCUUAAUCUCAACAAUAACUAGGCCAGACGUUAUUGCCUUAUUUUUACUGGUAGAGAACCUGAGGCAGGCCCAUACAAAUAAUAUGACUUAACCUAAGUUGGUAUGGCUAGUUAGUAUCAAAGUGAAGGACAAAAAUUCAGGUUCUUUAAUUUUCAGUCUAUUACAGAUGCUAUACCAUAUUUUUACUCCUGUGUUUUGUUUUUGGUGCUGACAAAGGUAUGUUGAAUUCAAAUAGUGUUGGGAUUUUGCAACUUCAGUAAAAAUGGGAGUCAUUCAUGUACAUGUCUACUUUAAUUUAGGUAAAAACAGACCUCUUUUGGUGGAUUAAAGUACUCCAUACUUUUAUUACUUCUGAAGAUGUCUAUUUUCUUUUCUUGGAAGGGCUAAACAUUCUUUUUUGUUGCUUAUAUAAAAUGCACUGCUGCUUUGUAAUGGGACAUUGACAAAAUGAAAUUUAAGAUAUUGUUUGGUAUGUGAAUUGCUGAUAGUGAGUUUUUGCAGCAGACACUUGGCUCUCACCCUUUCAGUCCAUGCAUUAAGUGUCCUGCAAGCACCUGCGACUCUGCCGUGGAUUUUCUUACCUACACACAGAGCAGAUUGGAAGUGCUAGGAAGAUAAUGCCUGGGGAGCAGCCCUCAGCCAGUGAUGGAUGGGAGUUGGAGGAUAAUUACUCUAGCUUCCUUGCCCUUCUGGUGAUACUCUGAGGCAUGUUUCACAUUGUCUCCUAGUUUCCAGUGGGAAAGGACUUCAUUGCCCAUAGCAGAAAACUGUUAAAAUAUGUAUUAUUUUCUUCUUCCUCUUCACUGUCUCACUAACAUUCUUUAAUCAGUGCUCCCUGGGAUUACCUCCCAAAUGAGCUUCUUGUCUUAGAAUCCUGCCUCAGACUCUGUUACAGAGACUACCUGAAAUACUUUUGACUUUGGAAAUAAGUCAUUACUAACAUUUCUAGAUAUGAAAGAUUACAUUUAAAAAGACAAUUAUUUUGAAUAAGAUGUAAAACAGGUAUUUUAGUAUACUGUUUUAGCUUGUCUUGUAAUUACAUCCAUGCUCAAUUUAAUUUCCUUCGCCACAUUUCAUAGCAAAGGAAAGAUUCAAAGUAAAAAAUCUUAGGUAGAAACGCAUGCUAAGUAUCUUUGGUGAAACUUCUUCUACUGGAUCUAUUUGUUCUUUCCUUCUAAAAAAAUACAGACUGAUGAUCCAAAUGACUUAAGAAGUUACAGUGGGUUAUCUGUUUUGGUAGAAAUUAAACAGAAUUUGGUUCAGCCAAAAUUAUGGGUUAUUUUCUACUUGGAUUCUACUUUUUCAUUUCUUACCAGAACCUACUUAUUUAUAAUCAGGGACCAGGAUUAGCCUUGACUAACACUGAUUGUACAGAUAAUUUCCCCAAAGAUUUUUCUGUGAUUAUUGUUAAAAUUUGGCUGGCUCAGCUGGUAGAGCAUCUGACUCUUCUUGAUCUCGGGGUUGUGAGUUCAAGCCCAAUGUUGGGUGUUGAGCUUACUUAAUUUAAAAAAGGAAAUAACUUUUUUGGUGAUCUUAUUAAGGAUUAAGGACUAUGGAGUUUAUAGUUUGAAUAAACUCUACAUUAAAUUUAGUAUAUAAGUUUAUCUUUUAUAAUUCUUUGAUAUCUUUUUUUAAAAUUAGGAACACUGGGUUUUAUAUAUUUUUAAUAAAACAGUGUGGGAGACAUUCAUUUUAGGCACAUGUUAAUUAUCAGUCUUCUUUCUUUUCUCUUGUAUAAAUUGUGAUUAUGUGUCUGAAAUAUAUACUCUAUUCAUGUGGUUUGUGAAAUGGAACAGAGGUGAAUUUAACCAGGUUUGUAGUUCUGUUUAUAGGGCUCUUCUAAUAUUAGCAUGCACAAAUAUUUUCCUAUAGGAAAAACAAAACACUUGAGGAAUAUAUUUUAAUUAGUUAUUCUGAUUAUAAAAUAACAUCUUAAAACACCUCUGUAUUUUUUUAAGCAGAAAUAGCAGAGAGUGUAUACAUAGUGUUUUCCCUCAAUGUGAUUGCCUUGUGGUGCCUUCAGAUUCUGCUAUGUUUUUGAGUACAUGACGGGACAUUUCUUGACCUUUGAGGUUGUAUUUCUCUUUUAGACAUUGUCAAAAUUCAGCUGGGUGAUUAGACUGGAUGUUAUGGUUUAGAGGGAAGAAUGUUAGUUAUGAAAGAAUAAGUCUACCUUUCUCCUGGGAUACAUUAAACUGCUCUAAAGUGGAAACUCUCUUUCCAAAAUCUCCACAGUGGCAUAUUGGAAUAAACUUAGAGUCUGGUAAAGUGCAUUUGUUUGUAAAUAUAAGUUUUAUUACUUCAAAAAGUUAAUCUUAAUACUUUUUAAAUGUGCUACAUCCAUAUAACUAUCUAAUUUCUUACUAAAUCCAGACAAGGCUUUUGGGAUUUCAAAUAUCUCAACAUGAUAGGUUGAAAUCUGGUGUAAGAAAGAAGCAGAAAUGAUUUUUAAAAUGUGUAAGAAAGCUGGCGCAAUUCCUGAACACUAAAUGUUGAAGUGAUUAAAAAUGGGGAAAAUCUUUUUAUAAAGUCCUUACUGGGAGCUGACUUCUUGUGUUAAAUGUGAACCAUCUCAUGAUAACUUGAUGUAAAUAAAACAAGCUUCAAAAAUUGUCUCUUUUCAAUAGUUUACGUAUUUUCUCUCACCAGUAGGCCAAUUAGACAAUACUUCUGAUAUCAAGUAUUUAAGUAGAACCUGGCCUUUUUAAGGUUUAUAAAGUGCUCCCCGCCUACCAUCAAUGUGAAGUACUUGUAUUUGAGAAUGUUGUAUUUCUGGAUGCUUGUUAAUUUGAUGAAUCUUGGAGGGUAAGUCUUUUCCUGAAAGUUCUGGUUGGUACAGUUGUCAGAGAAAAUUAGCUUGGAUAAAACAAUGAUGCAGUUUUAACAGUUAAAAAUUUUUAAAAAUUUUUAUUUAAAAUCAGAUUUCUAUAAUUGCCACAGUUGAUUUUGUAAUUUUUGUUCUCAGAAUUGUUUGUAUGUUGGGAAAAUAUUGUACCUAUCGUACCUGGUUUGCCCUUUUUUUUUUCCUGUUUAAAAAAUCCUCACUUUUAUUAUCUCUUAAAAAUAAUUUUUAAAUAAAAGCUUACAUUUUGAAUGCGAAAAGUUAAACCAAUUGUUAGUACUAAAACAAGCUGAAAUUUAGGUUUGGCAUUUUGGAGAGAGUUCAGAUUGAAUAUCUAAAGGCAAUCAGUUUCUACUCAAGUAUUUAUAAUAGAUAUAACGUUGGACUCAAAAUUGCUUGAUUGUAAUUUAUAUUUUAAGCAUAAUGUAGAGACUUUUUUAUUAACAAAUGUUUUUUUUAAUUUCCACAUUCAUAUAUGAUUAUUUUUUAAAUGGAGGUUUAAAUUCUUUUUUUGUAAUAGAAAUAUAGGUAAAUAAGUAUUGUAUUUAAAUCAUUGCUAGUUUAUUACUUGAAAGAAACUUUGGUUCUGUGCAUGAAAUUUGACCUCUAAAGAGCUAAAUUUAGCUAGGAAGAUGUCUGUCCAUAAUAGCUUCAGGUUUCUGUGCCCAAUUCAUAGGACCGAAGUUCCUGUUACUGUAAAAUGGCUUAGAGUGAUAUUUUUUAGCAGAAAUUUUAGAGUAAUUUCAAUACUACAUGAUAAUGAAAAGCUUUCUGCUUAGAAUCCUUAGCUUUUCUUGCUAAGUUCUAAUCUAUCAUUCCCCCUACCCCCACCUUUUUAAUGUCUACAUUGUUGGCCUCUUCUCUACAAUUUUAGGAAGACUAGGUAUUUGAAAAGGGAGUUAUUUUCCCUGAGUUUUAGUUUUUCUGCCCAAGAUGAACAGUACUGUGACUAAGGGGAUAUACUUUACUUCCCUCUUUUAUAACAGAGCUUAUAUCACUUAAUACUCUUAAAAAAAUAAGAAUUUUUUUGGACUUUCCAAGUUUUGGACUCAUUUGCAGAUCAGCCUAGGAACAUCCUCAAGAAAGUAACAGAUGGAUUGUGUAGUAAAAUAGAGAUACUGAGGUUUUUGAGCGUGUGGAUUUUUGUCAUGUUCAGUGAAGAAAAUGUUCUUUAGAAUGAAGAUAAUGAGGCUUAUAAUGCAAAAUAUGGGACAAAAACCAUGAAUAGUCCAGACUGGUUUUAAAAAUUUAAGCUCUGUUGAAAACAAAUAGGUUAUUCCCAAGAAAAAGAUACUGUAUGUUUUAAUUAUCUUCUAUCUGUGUAGGCACUAAAGCUGUAAAAGCCAAGACUGAUCUGUUUCUCUUCCCGUUUUUAGUUAAUUGGCACAGGUAAUUCACUUGUGUCACUGGCUUAAUUCUGUAAUGCUUGUUAUUUCUUAACAUUUAAGAAGACAUUUCCUCUAAGAUAAAAGAGAGAAAAGAUAUUGAUCUGUGUCCUUUCCUCUUUGUUGUAUUUUUUCUUUGUAUAUUAGAAACAACAACAACAAAAAUAACAAAAGCCUGCUUUUAAAGUUCUGAAAAGACUGCCCUUACCUGAGAGAAACGUCCUCCUUCAAGGUAGCUCUAAACCCGUAGCUUCUUGGAGAGGUAAUCUGCUCAUACUCUGGUAUCCUUAGCCGGUAACUGUAUUUAACGGAGACUGGGGCUGCGGAGAGAGAUCACCCUCGCAGCAGAGCCGUGCUUGUUUGGACACACGACGUUGGGCUCAUUCUCCCUCUGUCAUGGUGUUCUCCGAUGCUCUGGCUCUCCUUCCCCGCAAUAACAGCUCUCCCUUCCCCCCAACCAACCUCCUUCUUGCUCUUUCUCCCUCUCACUCUUUGCUAUUCCUUUUCCUCUUCCUCCUGGAGAAUAAGACCUUCUAAGUGUGGGAUUACUGUAUUUCAUAUUCUUAAUUACCACUCAUAACUUUCAUGCCAUCUCCUAACAGGGCAGUCCUACCAUCAACCACACUGCUUUAGUUCAUCGUUCUUCUAAACGUCCGUGUCAGUUUACGUAGCCUCUAAGUGUAUCGAAGAUAUGACCGUUUCUAAAGGUGCUGGCUUUCAUUGCUUAUGGUAAAUAAUGUUCUAAUCUUUUGCCAAAUGAAAAAUAUAUCUUUUCAAAGGAAAGGAAAAUCAUUUUAUGCAAAUGUUUGUAAACAUGUAUGUAAUAUGUUGUUUCUCUUUCCCUCAAAAAACUAUUAAUAAAAAUGGAUUUUUAGUUUCUUCUUGAA